AUGAAUCUAUGUUAGCCCCUGUUUUUUAUAAAAGAAACAUAUUUCCAUAUAAACAAAUUAACAUAAAUUAAAUAAUGUAACAAUAGUCAAGCGUCUUUUCUUAAUGUCAGCGCUUUAUUCCUGAAUUAAGUGAACCUAUAAGUUUGUUUGAGUUUACAAAUUAAGAUGUGCAAAAGAAAAUACUUUCAGAAGAAUUAUCAAGUUCUUUUAAUCAGAUUUCAGAUCAUAAACCCAAAAAAAGCCUUGAAAAUGAUAAGAGUAUGAGAUUGUUUUAAUAAUAUAGAUAGUUAAUCCAUACAAAUCAAAUUGGGCUAAUAUUUUGCUAAAUAAACAUUACAAGGUAGAAGUUACAUGUUAAGGAAACAAAUGGGUGAUAAAGAAAGCAACGGAGGAUGAGCCUUCAAAAUCUAUGGUAGGUUUUUUGUCCAGCCUUCCUAAGCCUAUGUAAAAUUAAGGAAAAUUAUUCUCAAAUACAGCCUCAAAAUAAACAAAAAAUAGACUAAAUAAAUUUAUAAUCGAUUAGCAUAGAUAAUGUGCUUUUAGUCCCAAUGAAGCUCGAUACUAAUAAAAUUCAUCACUUCCAAAUUUAAAUACAAAUAAAAAUGAAGGCAAUAAUCAUUAGAACAAUAAUAAUAUCUAUAACACCAAAAAGAACAAUAAGAAUAAUAAUAAUGAUAUUGAUGAAAAAUUUAAACCUAAAAAUAAUAUUGACAAUAUAAUAAAAAUUCGCUUAAAUUCAGAAUCUCCAAAAUAAAUGCCUAUUUUUGAUAUUAAUUUUAUCAAAACCCUUUAGCAAUUCAAACAAUGA